AUGAGCAUCUCACCGCGCCAUCGCGCCAUCAGCCCACCUACUCCUGCUCCAUCACCGCAGCCCGACUUGCAUACCUCGAUACGCCUCGCCAACAAUGCCGCAGCGGUAGCAGCAUCCUCUAGCAGCGCAAUUGUGCCCCAUGCACUGGUCGUCGACCCGCAGGAUCCAUCGCAGCUGCUCAAGCACCUCUCGCUCGUGCUGCCCCAGUACACGCAAUCGGCACGCUUCAGGCUCGUCUCGGAGUUCGCUGACCUCUUCAGCGUACGCGAACUCGCACACCUCUCGUCGGUCAUCACGCCCCGGCUCAAGGUCGACUUCAUGUCAGCGCUGCCCAUCGAGGUCAGCCUCAACAUCCUCAGCUUCAUCGACGACCCAAAGACGCUCGCACGCGCAAGCUGCGUCAGUCGCUUUUGGAGGAGCCUCGUCAACGAUGAGCACACUUGGAAGGUCAUGUGCCUCAAGCACAAGUAUCGCAGACGCGGAAGCAGCAACGCCCAUCUUCACUCGCUCGACGAUCGACUCAUGAGAUCCAUCACCACCCCUCUCCUCGCAAGCAGCCUUUCCACCCCACGCAUCACCACCGCUGCUCUCUCCAGCAUAGCGGGCCCGUCCACGGCUCUGUCAGCGUCGCACACGCAACGAGGCGUCGCUUCCAGCUCGUCGCUCGGCGUUGUGCUCGAGCAGCCGCUCGCUCGCGCUGCUACCUUCAGCGACUACGGAGAGGACGCCGAAGAGUUCAACGACGAAGACGACGCAGCCGUGCUCGCAUCCCUCUACCAGCGAUAUCGCGACCGUGGCCUCGACCCCUCCAAUGCCCUCCACGAGCUGCGCACCCUCCACGACCUCUACCUCAGCAAGCAAGACGGCGCUCACGGAAGCCUUAACGAAUCCAUGUCCGGCGCCGACCUCGCCUUUUACGCACAGCUCGAAGAGAUUGUCGAGGAAGAGAGUCGCGCACGCUAUGGCGAUGAGCCUGCCUCCUUCGAUCCCGUCGCGCUUCACGCUAGUCCUCGCACCGUCCCUUCUGCUGCAUCUCCGUCGAGGUCCAGAUCGCUCGCACUGCCCACAGAAACGUCCGUCCCUCCAGCCUCAGCCUCAGCACACCUGGGAUGGUUGAGCGCGGGUCCCGCCACUACGCCCGCUUCUCUGCCGCUCAGAGCAGCCGCUCCUCUGUCUUCUCCACCCCAAGCCCCACCGGUUUCGCUCCAUGCUCUCAGCGCACAAUACCGAUCUGAUGGGGGCCUUCUCGAUCGUUUGCAUGGCUGGCAGCAACAAUUGACGCCAGCAACCGCCGCCGCCGCGUUCACAACGCCUCGACCGCACGACGCAAACGCCGCUGACCUCCUUGAAGCCAAUCGCGUACAAGACGCUCUCGACGAGGCCAUGGACAUGGACGAGCAGGACGACCUCGUCUCCAACAUUCCAUCUUCAUCUAGUCACGCAGCGCAGCAAGCACCCAUCGGACGACCUCCCAACGCGCCACCCUUGGCCUCGCUGCCGCACCACGAUUCACCCACCGGCCGCUUCUCUGCCUCCGCAGCCUCGCCAUCCACCAACGUCCAGGCCGCGACGAGGGUCGACGCGGGCACCUCCCGCUUGGUACCAGGUCCUCGUGAGUCGCGUCGCAGCCCAGCGCACCGCAACGCCAUCCUUGAGCCCAGACCGACGCGUCGGAGCUCAACGUCUGCCACCGCCGACAGAGACGACCCUGCUGCCGUCGCUGGUCUCAACCUCGUCGGCACCUCAUCCCUCCCUCCCUCGGCGCAACAUCCAUCCUCUCAGGCCGGUCCAUCACGCUAUGCGCCCUCAUCGACCACAGCCACGCAUCUUCACCGACAUCGAUCCGCCAAGUUGCCGUUUAGCUACCGCACCCACUUCAAGAUGGCGUACCUCACCGAGUCCAACUGGCGCAAAGGCGGUCGACUCCAAACGCAGCAUGUCUCAGCCGAUGCCGGCCACGUCGUCACCAGCUUGGCCAUCGACAGCGAAUGGAUCGUCGUCGGCAUGGCCAACUCCAAGAUCCAUGUCUUUAGCGCUGAGACGGGCCUCUAUGCGCAUACGCUGUUGGGCCACGAGUCAGGAGUGUGGUGUCUCACGCUCAUCAGCCGAACUGGCAAGGGUAAAAAGUCCAGCACUUCAGCAGCAUCGGAACGAGCCAAGGGCAAAAUGGUGGUCACGGAUCCCGAAGACGGCAACGGUGGCAAGCCAUAUCAAGCUGCAGCCGAUGGUGACCUCCGCCUUGUUCAUCACGAUCCACGUCCCGAUGCUGCAGACGUCCUCCUCUCGCCGUCCGUCAUGUCGGCCGAGCUGACGGAGGAGGACGCGCUCUCCGGUCGCCGAUUGUCCGCCUCGGCCUCCAGCACGCCGGUCUCGGGCAAAGCACGACAGACGUAUGGCCACGGCGAGACGCUCCAAUGGUUUCACAAGGCUCGUCGAGCUCUGCGACGCCAGCAGAGCGCCAGAAAAGCCGCUGCAGCCGUCGCGGCGUCCGCUUCCGCCACAGGCGAAGACUCGUUCAGCAACGCUCUGCUCUUGGAUGCAUACGAUCAAAGCACCGGAGGGGGUGACUCGGACCCGGAUCUGUCCAUCCGCUCCGAGGGCCCCUCCUUCGUUCACCACGCGCUGCGUUCCUCGAAAGAGAAGAGCGAACACGAGAACGCCAGGGCGAUCGCAGAAGCCGAGGCCGGUGCGAUCCGCGAUGCUGUCAUGGCCGACGGCACCGGUCAGAUCCCACCAGAGCUGGCUGAAAGAUUCAGACGCGAUGGCGAGACUGUGGCGUCGGCGGCCGGAACAACAGCAGCAGCGGCAGCAUCGACUGGCGAUGCAGGCGCAGCGCCCAAGAGGGAGCGCACACGCAGCGCCUCGACUUCCGCGAUGGGCUCCAUGCCUGGUCUCGCUGCGGCAUCGCUCACGGGCAACGCGGCGGGCAUGGGCAACCCAUGCAGCAGCGUCUUGGGCUACGGCAACACCGACGCCAUUGUCAUCAGCGGCGGUUGCGACCGCGACGUGCGUGUCUGGGAUCUGCGCACCGGUGAGUGCAAGCACAUCUUGCGAGGCCACACUUCGACAGUACGAUGCCUCAAGGUGCUCGACGGCAAGCCGAUCGCUGUAUCGGGGUCGCGAGACUCGACGCUGCGCGUCUGGAACGUCGAGACGGGCGAGCAGGUGCACCUGCUUGCGGGCCACCAGCACUCGGUGCGAUGCAUCGAGGUGGCGGGCAACCAGGUCGCCUCUGGUAGCUACGACGGCACGUGCCGCAUCUGGGAUCUCGACACGGGUCGAUGCUUGCACACGCUUCGCGGCCACAUCCACUAUAUCUAUGCUGUGGCGUUCGACGGCAAGCGCGUGGCCACCGGAUCGCUCGACUCGACGGUGCGAGUGUGGUCGGCCGAGACGGGCGAGUGUUUGGCGCUGUUCCAGGGUCACACGUCGCUGGUGGGUCAGCUGCAGCUGCUCGACAACACCCUAGUCACUGGUGGCUCGGACGGUCGAGUGAUCGUCUUUAGUCUCAAGACGUACGAGUGCCUGCAUCGUCUUUGCGCGCACGACAACUCGGUGACGUGUUUGCAGUUUGACGACCGCUACAUCAUCACGGGUGGCAACGACGGCCGGGUCAAGCUGUGGGACUUUAACACGGGCAAGUUCAUCCGCGAGGUGUGCGAGCCGUGCGAGGCGGUGUGGAAGCGGCAGGGCAGCGGCGCCCAACUUUGUCCAGGGUCUCCGACAUCACAGGUGCUUUUCCGUUCGAGACGCUGUCUUUCGUUCUUGGCACUGCAUUGGCCCUAG